AGUCGUCGUGUUUCACGGGGUUCUUGGGACUCCAGGCAUUCGGUUCUUUGUUCGAUUGCACGCUGUUGCUCCCUGAGAGAAGGCAUUGGCAGAAUCGAAGUGACGGAAGAAGGGGAAGUUCCGCGGACAUUCACACGUGGAUGCUGUGGCCCGUGUUGGGGGAUGACGGGCUGAGCCCAACGUCGCCCCCGGCGUCGGCAAGCGUCAAGGGGGUGAACAAACUGGCGCCCCUGCUGCUCUGCGCCCCGUGCAAGCCCAGCAGCCACCGGAAGAACCAGAAUUCCACGCAGUGGUACGUGCAGCAGCCCACGUGGCGUUUAUGGGGCGAGGAAAGGGGCGAUGGCGUCAUAUACACGGUGUACCUGAAGAAGGUCCGGUACCACAGGCCGACCAGGAGCCUCUCUGCAUCGGACUCAGACGACGAGAUCUCACAUUUAGAAUGGGAAACGGUGAGAGUGCGUUUCCUGAAAGCCGGAACGGUGCAACGGCUGGUGGAGAGCCUGGCGAACGACGACGGGGAACUCGAGUCGACGUACAUCAAUGUCUUCUUAGCGACGUAUCGCGCGUUCACGACGCCGCGAGAAGUACUGGAGCUAUUGUUGGCAAGGUACGACGCCCUCGACGAGGGAUCCGGCGCCCUGACAGGUGAACAACACCGUAAGACCCUGGUGCAAGCUCUUCACGUCUGGUUGGACGCUUAUCCUGGCGACUGGAAGUCGCAUCCGAAUCAUCCUUUGCUCAGCAGACUCUUGGACUUCACACAUCGACGGCUUCCUGGCUCGGAGCUCGAGCUCAAGGCAAGGCAUCGCUUGCACAGGUUCCAGCGUGAAGAUCAGAUAGAUUCCUGUAUAGUGUAUGACAAUGGUCGACUACCGCGUGGUUCCCCGGAUCCUAUCGUGGAUCAAACGAGUGACCCAUGGGUGAACUGCAGCUUCCCUGAGGUUCCGCACAGGCACUUUGCUGAGCAAUUGACUCGCAUGGACGCUGAGGUGUUCAAGAAGCUCGUGGCCCAUCAAUGUCUAGGCGCAGUUUGGUCGAGAAGGGAUCGUUCUAGAAGUCACGACGCGGCCACUGUUUUGGCCACAGUGAACCAAUUUAACGCUGUAUCGCUCAGAGUUAUGUCCACGAUACUGAUGGACUCAGCUAUGAAGCCUCAGGAACGCGCUAGGGUCCUCGAAACUUGGAUCGACAUCGCUCAAGAGCUUCGCGUGUUGAAGAAUUUCAGUAGCCUGAAGGCUAUCGUGUCCGGUCUCCAGAGUAAUCCUGUGUACAGGUUGGAGAAGUGUUGGCAAUGUAUGCCAAGGGAGAAACACGAGUUGUUCAGGGAGCUGGAGAGGAUUUUUUCAGAAGAGAAUAACGCUUGGACGCAGCGGGAGCUUUUGAUCAAGGAAGGAACAGCUAAAUUCGCGGACACUGCUGGUAGAAGCGACAGGCAUUUGCAGAAGCUGUUUCAGAAGCAGAACACUCACGCGGGAAACAUCAGCUAUGGAACGAUACCGUACCUGGGCACCUUUCUAACAGACCUGACGAUGAUAGACACAGCGAUACCAGACACGAUAGCAGAGGGUCUGAUUAAUUUCGACAAGAGACGGAAAGAGUUCGAGGUAUUAGCCAGGAUAAGACUGCUUCAAGGUGCCGCUAACGCUUACAACUUCAGCACAGACCCCCUAUUCGAUCGUUGGUUUCACUCUGUGGUAGUGUUAGAUGAUCGAGAAGCCUACAAGCUGAGCUGCCAGAUCGAGCAACCGCCUCCGGGGAACACUCUAAGCAAUCGUGGCAAGAAGAAGCAGAGUCAUCAGGGUCAUCGUAAAAACGACUCGAUCGCGUCUACAUCGAGUUCGAGCAGCUCUCAGUUCUACUGCGACCUGGAUUCUCUGCCAAGCUCGCCGCACAACUCUCUCGACAGGCGCACCUCGCCGUCCCAGAUGUCCAGCUCUUCUUCUAGCUCGUCUUUGCCAUCGUUGGACGUGUCUCUUAGCUCGGGAGGAGGAAGUGGAGCCACGGUUAACCAGCACAACCGACUAGCGCCACCGACUGCCAUCACAGCCAAUGGAAACAGCCCUAAUCUAGUUGGCCUCUCUAGCCCAAGUCACUCGCACAAGAGUUCUCCAGAUUUUUACAUAAUCAAGGUCACCAUGGAGAGCGACAACGUGGAGACGGACGGUGUGGUGCUGUACAAGUCCAUCAUGCUCUCUAACAACGAGAGGACACCGCAGGUGAUCAGAAACGCGAUGCUCAAGCUUGGAAUCGAGGGCAGUCCUGACCAGUAUACCCUGGCUCAGGUGUUACCUGAUCGUGAGCUGGUCUUGCCGAACUCGGCGAACGUUUACUACGCCGUGAACACCGCGCACAAUUUGAACUUCAUCCUGCGACCUAGGAGGGAGCCUAACGAUAGCAUCACCGAGAGUCCUAAGAGCAAGACGAGCCACAAGCGGUAGUGAAUGAUUGACAAUUGAACGGAGAUCCAUUACGAACGGUAGUUCGUCAUGUUGC